GUGGGAGUCAGGGGAGAAAGGCAGUAGAGAAGGGUCACAGAGAACAAGUGAGGGCCAAAGGAAAGGAGCAAAGAGAAUGAAAAAAGGAGGCAAAGAGAGGGACGACAGCAAAAGGAAGAUGUAGAGUAAGGGGGCAGAGAAAGGGGGACAUGGAGGCAAUGACCCCUGGGCUGGAAGAAGGAAAGGAAGAGGGGCCCCUGGUAGUGGUGAGGAGAUGAGCUGGGACCCAUCCUCUACUCUCUCCCCUAGGCCAUGUGGUCUCAACACUUCCUAGGGACUGCCAGGAGACUGGGCCAGGCUCUGGGCCCCACCAGUGUCUCCAGAGGGAAUUGUCAGUGGCCCCCAGCCUCCCCCUUCCACCUCCAUGGUGCCUCAAGUAUCAGGACUCAGCAUGGUGAUGGACCAACCUCCGUCUCUGGGCUGAGCAAAGAAGACAUCCAGAGAGCCCGGGAAACAGCCCCACCCAGAAUGGGGCUGAGGCCCCAGCUGAGUGAACGAUCUCAGGAGCGAAAGGUGCCUGCUUCUCGAAUCAGUCGCCUGGCUAAUUUUGGGGGACUAGCUGUGGGCCUGGGCCUUGGUGCCCUGGUCGAAGUGGCCAAGACAUCCCUGUCAGGAGGGCAGGUGCCCAGAGAAGGUGGUCCUAUUCUGGGCCCUAGCCCCUUCCUCUCAGAAGCCAAUGCUGAACGGAUAGUGAAGACUCUGUGCACAGUUCGAGGAGCAGCCCUGAAGGUUGGCCAGAUGUUAAGCAUCCAGGACAACAGCUUCAUCAGUCCCCAGCUACAACAGAUCUUUGAGAGGGUCCGGCAGAGUGCUGACUUCAUGCCUCGGUGGCAGAUGAUGAAAGUCCUGGAAGAAGAAUUGGGCAGGAACUGGCGGACCAAGGUGGCCUCCCUAGAAGAGAAGCCCUUUGCUGCAGCCUCCAUUGGUCAGGUGCACCAAGGUGUCCUGCAAGAUGGAACUGAAGUGGCUGUGAAGAUUCAGUACCCAGGUGUGGCUCAGAGCAUCAAGAGUGACGUGGAGAAUCUGCUAGCUGUGUUGAAGUUGAGCGUGGCCUUGCCCGAAGGUUUGUUUGCUGAUCAGAGUCUCCAAGCCUUGCAGCGGGAGCUGGUGUGGGAGUGUGACUAUCGCCGGGAGGCUGCCUGUGCCCGAAACUUCAGGCAGCUCCUGGAAGGGGACCCUUUCUUCCGGGUGCCAGCUGUGGUUGAGGAGCUGAGUGCAGGUCGGGUUUUGGCCAUGGAGAUGGCUAGCGGGGUGCCCCUGGACCAGUGCCAGGGCCUGAGCCAAGAUGUCCGGAACCAGAUAUGCCGUGAACUUCUGCGUCUCUGCCUUCGGGAACUAUUUGAGUUCCGAUUCAUGCAGACGGACCCCAACUGGGCCAACUUCCUCUAUGACUCCUCCAGCCACAAGGUGACCCUGCUGGACUUCGGGGCAAGCCGGGGAUUUGGGUCAGAGUUCACAGACCACUACAUCGAGGUGGUAAAGGCAGCUGCAGAUGGUGACCGGGCUGGCGUCCUAAAGAAGUCACAGGAUCUCAAGUUCUUGACGGGCUUUGAAACCAAGGCAUUUUCGGAGGCCCACGUAGAAGCAGUCAUGAUCCUGGGGGAGCCUUUUGCCAGCGCUGGCCCCUAUGAUUUUGGGGCGGGGGACACAGCACGCCGGGUGCAGAGCCUGGUCCCCACGAUGCUGCGCCAUCGGCUGUGCCCCCCACCAGAAGAGACCUACGCCCUUCACCGCAAGCUGGCAGGGGCUUUCCUGGCCUGCUCCCGACUUGGUGCCCACAUACCCUGCCGGGAUCUGUUCCGGGAGGUCUACGAGCACUACUGGGCUGCCCGCCCUUCGGGCUAACUGGGCCUACGAGGAGGAAUCUCAGCAGCCCUCACUCCAGGACUCCUCCACACCUCCUCACCUUGGGACCACCCCAAGAGCUUGCAGAGACCUACGGGGAGCCCCUUCCCAGGCCUCAGACUCAUCCCGCCUCCCUGCAGGGAUGGCCAGGGGCCUCCCCCCUCCCCAGGGAGCCCAGCCCCAGCCCCCAUGCAGAGGAGCGGGCUCCAGAUGGCCUGUGUGCUGAGGUCCUCCCACCCUCACCAGCUGUCUUGGGCCCAAUGGGCAGUGCAUUCAAUGGUAUCCUAAAUAAAGGGGAGCCACCCCCCUC